GUGAAAUGAAGCACCAAAUAUUGAUCUAAAAUAGGAUGACCUUAAUUUACAACAUAAAACAAAUGAUCCUAGUCUAAUUUACAAUGCUUAAUUUAUAUUCUUACCCUUCCUCAUCAGCGAAUCAUAUCUCUAAUUGCAUAUAAACCUCUAAAUAUCAUGAUUUAGAUUGGAUUGAUAGGUACCUUAUAAAAAGCCUUACAAAGGGUGCCCUAUAGGAAAACCAAAAGAAGAAGUAUCUUUAAAAGAAUGAUGAAACCUAUAAAUGUUAUUAACUGAAAUAUUUGAAAUGCAGGAUUCUAUGAAUCCAAUCAUGACUAACUAAUUAAAAAUUAUAAGGCAU